UUUCCGUUUUUCUUCAACCAAAGAACGGUCAUACUAUUUUGAGAAAGAAGGACAAAAUGUGAAAAACUAUCAAUAAAAUGACCAAGUUAAAGUAUUUACUUAGUUUUGCCACCCAGCCACGAGCCAUUUCGCAUUCCAAUCACAAGGAGCAGAUCCUGAACUGCCUGACGUAUGGUCUUCUGGUGAUUGUGGCCCUCUGCGCGGGCUUCCUGCUGUGGGACCUGUCCAACAGUCCGCGGGAUGGAUUCUUUCACGGCAAAAGGGACUCGCACACGCUGAUCUUGGACCUGGAGCACAUCCAGGAGGUCGCCCUGAAUCCCGAGGGCGAGCAGCGGGCCCGGAAUGUCAACUGCACCUUCUGGGACUGCCUGAACAUCUACAAGUGCGAGCACGACCGCCUAAAGGUCUACAUCUAUCCGCUGCAGGAGUUCGUGGACGAGCGGAGCGACAAGGUGGCCACCACCCUGUCCAGCGAGUAUUUCCAGAUCCUGGAGGCGGUGCUAAAGAGCCGCUACUACACCUCGAAUCCCAAUGAGGCGUGCCUCUUCCUGCCCAGCUUGGAUCUCCUAAACCAGAAUGUCUUCGACAAACAUUUGGCGGGCGCGGCUCUGGCUUCCCUGGACUUCUGGGAUCGCGGGGCCAACCACAUUAUCUUCAAUAUGCUGCCUGGGGGAUCACCAUCCUAUAACACCGUGUUGGAUGUGAAUACGGACAAUGCCAUCAUCUUUGGCGGCGGCUUCGAUUCGUGGUCCUAUCGUCCAGGCUUUGAUGUCGCCAUUCCCGUCUGGAGUCCGCGCCUGGUGCAGCAACAUGCCCAUGCCACAGCCCAAAGGAAGUUCCUUUUGGUGGUGGCUCAGCUGAGCAUCCUUCCCCGAUUCGUGAGGACCCUACGCGAGUUGACCUCCGCCCACAGCGAACAAUUGCUCCUUGUGGGCGCCUGCGAGAGCCUGGACCUCGCCAUGCGCUGCCCUCUGUCGCAGCACCACAAGACCCUGGAGUAUCCUCGCCUGCUGUCGCGUGGUAAAUUCUGUUUGCUUGGCCGCAGCCUUCGCUUGGGUCAGCCUGAUCUGGUGGAGAUUAUGUCGCAGCACUGCAUACCCGUGAUUGCCGUGGACAACUAUGUGCUGCCCUUCGAAGAUGUGAUCGAUUGGUCGCUGGCCUCCGUUCGUAUACGCGAAAGCGAACUACACGCCGUGAUGCAGAAGCUGAAGGCUAUAUCUAGUGUCAAGAUAGUUGAGAUGCAGAAGCAAGUCCAGUGGCUGUACUCCAAGUAUUUCAAGGAUCUGAAAACUGUGACGCUGACGGCGCUUGAGGUGCUCGAAAGUCGCAUUUUUCCGCUGCGUGCCCGCAGCAGUCGCCAGUGGAACGUCAUCGACACCAACGCCCGUUCCACCUUCAAUCCCCUUUUCCUGCCUUCGCUGGCGCCAAAGUCACAGGGAUUUACCGCCGUCAUCCUCACCUACGAUCGCGUGGAGAGUCUGUUUCUGCUGAUCCAGAAGCUGGCAGUGGUGCCCUCGUUGCAAAGCAUUUUGGUAAUUUGGAACAAUCAGAAGAAGUCUCCGCCGCACUUAUCCACAUUUCCAUCUAUAUCGAAGCCCUUGAAGAUUCGGCAAACCAAGGAGAACAAGUUAUCAAACCGAUUCUAUCCAUAUCCGGAAAUCGAAACGGAAGCUAUUUUAACUAUAGACGAUGACAUUAUUAUGCUGACAACAGAUGAAUUGGAUUUUGGAUAUGAAGUUUGGCGCGAAUUUCCCGAUCACAUUGUGGGCUUCCCUAGUCGCAUCCAUGUCUGGGAUAAUGUCACCAUGCGCUGGCACUACGAAUCGGAGUGGACAAACCAAAUAUCGAUGGUACUCACAGGAGCCGCCUUCCAUCACAAGUACUGGAGCCACAUGUACACACAUGCCAUGCCGGGAGACAUCAAGGAUUGGGUGGAUGAGCACAUGAACUGCGAAGAUAUUGCCAUGAAUUUCCUGGUAGCCAACAUUACCAAUAAUCCUCCCAUCAAGGUCACUCCUCGUAAGAAGUUCAAGUGCCCAGAGUGCACUAAUACGGAAAUGCUUUCCGCCGAUCUGAAUCACAUGCGGGAGCGUUCGGCCUGCAUCGAUCGCUUCUCUAAGAUCUACGGGCGUAUGCCUCUGCGCACGGUGGAGUUCAGAGCGGAUCCGGUAUUGUUCCGUGACAAUUUCCCGGACAAGUUGAAGCGCUACAACGACAUUGGCAGCUUGUAGAGAUCCCUAACUUGGGGCUUAGCAUUCCAAGGGAAUUUAAGGAGAUAUACCAAAGACUUGUGGAAAUUGCGCUCAACUCCUGUAACGGAAAACUUAUUUUGCAGUUGACUAUAUAUCUUACCGGUAUGGGCAUAAUGCUUGGAUCUCGGUUACACAACCAAGUUUGGUCUGAUGAAGCUGAUUAUAACUAGGGGAUGUUCCGGUUUAAAUUAUGUUCGACAUCCAAUUGGUAUCUCAUCGAUACGGGAGUAGUUAGUAACUAUGUUAGCGAAAUUUUAAACUGGAUUUAUGUCCUUAAUGUACUCUUUGUUU